AUGGACAUCCACCGCGACGAGCCCUUGUCGCCGGUGCGCCCCGGGUUCGGCGCCGCCGGGACGCCGUGCGUCGUCAAAGCUAACCACUUCUUCGUCGGCCUCGUCGACAAAGGCCUCCACCACUACGACGUGACGAUCUCACCGGAGACGACGCUCAAGGGCGUGUACAGGGAGGUCAUGUCGAAGCUGGUGUCCGAGAAGCGGCAGACCGAGCUCGGCGGCCGCCUCCCGGCUUACGACGGCAAGAAGUCGCUGUUCACCGCCGGCGAGCUGCCGUUCAAAACCAAGGAGUUCGAGGUCACCUUGCCUGGCAGGACGGAGAGACGGUACAAGGUGCAGAUCAAGCACGCCACGGCGGUCAGCCUGCACCAGCUGAUGAUGCUCAUGGCGGGCUACCACACGGACAUCCCGGCGCACGCGCUGCAGGUCCUUGACAUCGUGCUGCGUGACAUCGUGCUCAACGAACGCAACGACAUGGAGUACAUUACUGUUGGCCGGUCCUUCUUCUCUCGGAUCAUAGACACGGUGAGUCUUGGCCAGGGUGUCGAGGCAUGGAAAGGUUUCUAUCAGAGCAUCAGGCCAACGCAGAUGGGAUUGUCUGUGAUCGUAGACAUGUCUUCAACAGCUUUUGUUCGACCCAUGUCACUGAUUCAAUUUGUGAUGGAGAUUCUGAACAAAGAUAACCCGAGGACAUUUGGAAAUAUUACUAAUAUGGAUUAUGCCAAGCUCAAGAAGGCGCUCAAGGGCGUGAAGGUUGAAGUCACACACCGAGGAGACGCACGCCGGAAGUACCGGAUUGCCACCUUGACACAUAGUCGUCCUUCUAUAAUGGACUUUGAAUCCUCAUCUGGAGUUCGGAAGACUGUCACGGAUUACUUCAGAGAGGCCUACCAGAUGGAAUUACAGUAUGGUUUUCUCCCAUGUCUCCAAGUUGGCAGUGAUCAGAGGCCGAUCUAUCUCCCUAUGGAGGUUUGCAAGAUAGUUCCUGGACAGCAGUACAGGAAGAAGCUGGAAAGCCAACAGGUCUCUAAGCUAAUGGACUCAACAUGCCAGCGUCCAUCUGCCCGUGAGGCAAACAUUCGUCAGGUUGUUAAACGCAAUGACUACAAUAGCACUGAGCGUUCGAAUGAAUUUGGCAUAGAGGUUGACUAUCAUCCUACUUCAGUUCAGGCUAGAGUUCUGCCGGCUCCCACUCUGAAGUACUAUGGUACUGGAUCUGAAAGUUUGUGCUACCCAAAGGAUGGGCAGUGGAACAUGAUGAAAAAGCGAGUAGUAGAUGGUGCAAGGGUUUGCAACUGGGCCUGCAUUAACUUUUGUCAUGAUUUACAGAUGAAUCAUGUUAAAAAAUUCUGCUCUGAUCUGGUUAAAUGGUCUCGAAACACUGGAGUGGACAUGGAUGAGUUGAAGCUUCCUAUAUUCAUUGCUCGUCCUAGUCAAGUUGAAGCUGAUCUUAGUAAGCGCUGUCAGGAUGCACGGAACCUGCUGGGAGGGCAAAAGAUUGGCCUUCUGCUUGCUAUAUUGCCAGAUAAAAAUGGUAGCUUAUAUGGAAAUUUCAAAAGGAUCUGUGAGACAGAGAUUGGGAUCAUGUCGCAAUGUUGUCUGGCGAAAUAUGUUAUUAGUGCAAGUCCUUCGUACUUCGCUAAUGUUGCUAUUAAGAUCAAUGCCAAGGUUGGAGGGAGGAACACAGAAUUUGCUAACCCCCAAGAAAGUUUACCGGUUGUUUCGAGCGAACCAACGAUUAUAUUUGGUGCUGAUGUUACUCACCCUGCUGCUCUAGAUGAUACUGCUCCUUCCAUUGCUUCUGUUGUUGCCUCCCAAGACUGGCCCAAGGUGGCCAAGUAUAAUGGUGUUGUCCGUGCACAAGGUCACCGUCAAGAGCUCAUCAAUGGCCUGGAAAACAUUGUCAAGGACGGAGUAAGCGAGGGCCAAUUCAAACAAGUGUUGGAACAAGAAAUCCCGGAGAUAGAGAAGGCAUGGAAAUCUCUGUACAAUGAGAAGCCACAUAUCACCUUCGUAGUUGUGCAGAAGAGGCACCACACAAGGAUCUUCCCUGACAACCACAAUGAUCGCCGCUGGGCGGACAAGAGUGGAAAUAUUCUACCUGGCACUGUAAUUGAUAAGAAUAUAUGCCACCCAACGGAAUUUGAUUUCUUCCUGUGCAGCCAUGCUGGUAUCAAGGGAACAAGUCGCCCUACGCAUUACCAUGUGCUGCGGGAUGACAACAAGUUCACUGCAGAUGGUCUGCAGUCUCUCACAUAUAACUUGUGCUACUUGUAUUCAAGCUGCACUCGCUCGGUAUCAAUCGCUCCUCCUGCAUACUACGCCCACAAGCUCGCGUUCCGUGCCCGCUUCUACGUCAACCAAGGCUCCGACGUGGCGAUGAGUGGCAGCUCCAGCAGUUCAUCUGCUCCUACUGCUGGUCCGUUCCCACUUCCAGAUAUUAAGGAUGAGCUGAAGAGGUCCAUGUUCUACUGCUAGUCCUUGUCCUCCGACAGCCUCUUCCUGAACUAGGGUUUGCUCUACUGAGGUUCUUGGAAUGUGCUCUGAUCGAAGGAUGGAGGCCUCAGGCCUGGAUAAAAACGUCUGCAGUUGCCGCUUUUCUGUUUUCUUUUCUUUUAAGUACUGCUGUUUGCAGUGACCGUGCUACAUGCUUGUGGCUCGGGGUGUUCUAUGGAUAAACAUCGAAGUAUUUGUCCUAAGUGAUUGCUAUU